UACAGGUUUUGGUUCUUUUAAAUUGUUUUCAAUAAAUUUAAUAAAAUGGCGAUGUCGAAUGAAGUCCAACUAUUAAAGAAUAUAUCUACAGAAGUAGAUGAAUCGAAGCUGAGAAUAUUUUUCUCCAUUCAAUGCAGUAAAGCCCAAGCAUCCUUAUUGGAUAGAUUGAAAAAGAAAAUAAAAGAGAGGAAAGAUAUACUUAACUUUAUCACUGACGGGAAUAAAAAGCUAGAAGUUGAAAUAAAGUUAGCUGAACAAGAAUUAAACAAUUUAAUUAUUGCCCAUAAUACUAUAAAAUCUGGUAAUAUAGAUAUAAGAAAGGAAUUGUUGCUUAAACUUGAUGAAAAUGUCGAAUUUUCCAAAAGAAUAGAAGCCGGAGAAAAAAAACAUGAACAACUUUGGUUGUCGAGUAAAAGUAGAUUUGAAAACAUUCCUUUGGUCCAACAAUGUCUAGAAGGGAAGAAAAGGAUUCAGAUAAUCGAAAAUAAUAUAAGCAAUCUACGCAGCAAAUGUGUUGGGCUCUCGGAUGAUAUAAAAAAGAAGAAGCGUGCUGCACAAGAACUAACCCAAAAAUAUGUAAUUGACCUUGCCAAAUUCUUCGUAAACGAUAGACCGAAAAUAAUAAAAAUGAUACAAGAUAGGACUAACGAAAUUCAAGACUUGAUUAUAAAAACAGAAAACUUACAACAACCUAUGAUGGACAGACGAUAUUCUAAAGUAAAAAUAAUAGAACUGGACGAAAACUCACAUCCAGAGAAAGCAAUGCAGAAAAACAAGGAAUUUGUUCAUACAGAAAAUGAUGCGAUUGUAAUGCCGAAACUACAACUAAUGGACGUUGAUCUAGAUAUAUUAGGUGAUAAAUUAGAUCAGUUGAAAAAAAUUGAACUCAACGUGACACCUACUAUGGAAAAUAAAAUAAAGUCUCUUGGAUAUAAAAUAGACGUAGCACAGUCUUCAACAUACAAUAAUAAAUGGGAAUCAUAUUAUGAACAAACUCGUAAAAGUUAUUCUGAUAGAAAGUUAAUUCAUAUAAUAGACGAUAUCACUCUUAAUAAAAGUCAAAUGAUCAACAUUAUAUCGAAAGUGGAUUCCAAUACCCUACAAAAUGUUAACACCGUUGGAUCACAGAAAACGGCAGAACUGUUAAAGAUUUGUCCUCUACCUGAAGUAAAGAUAAAACAACCUUUAAAGGAGAUAGAAGAAAAUGUUGACGACAAUGAAGAGCAACAUGUACAGUCGCCCGCACAAAUAAUUGAUAGGAAGAAGAAAAAAGUCUCAUUUGAUUUAUCAGUGGAAAAUGUUCAAUCAGAAUUAACUGAGAUUGAUGUUAAUGUAAAUGCUGAAGAUGGAAUAAACAAUGAAACUUUAAACAGUCAGGAUGUCAGUUUGGAAAAUGUUGAAGGCAAUGAAAAAUUAAAAGACAAAAUUCUCAUGGCGCAUAAUCUCGAUGCGACUCCAGAAUUCGUUUAUUCUAAACAUUUUAUUUCAAACAAGAUGACUGAAGACAAAAUUAUAGCUUCCAAAUUCUUUGAUGGUAACAAAGUUUCUGAGCCAAGUGUCAUGUCCAAUCACAUCGAGGAACAAGAUAACAAAAAACAGGAUGUACAAGAGACCAAUUUUACCAAACCACUUAACAUGGACAUGUUAAAAAAUAAUACAUUUGAAACAAAUUCAAAGACCAACCAAGAUAUCCAAAAGUCUAAAUAUCAAAUAAGUGGACUUUUGUUUGACCAUGGAGGAUCACAAAUGAUGUCUGACUUAUUAAAUGUAUCUCUAAAUGCUACUGGAUUCGAUGGUGAUGAUAGUUAUCCUCAAUGCUUAGAUUCUAGCGUUUUACUAUCGCCUAAAGCUGAUGUGGCCAUGGAUGGAGCAGAUAAUAUUACAGUCAUGCCACAACUUCCUAACUUUAUGUCAGGUCUCCGUAAAACUGGAUCUUCAUUUUUUGAACGCUUAACAAAUGAUAACAAACCCAACUCUAGUACUACAAAUACGGAAGGUAAUUUUAAUUUUAACUUCAGUGGUGAAGAAAAGAAAAAAGGGGGAGGAUUCUUCAAUAUGUUCUUUAAAUAGUGAAUAUUAUUAACAUUAUUACUGUUAUCAACAAGUUAAUUAAUUUAAUUCUUUGUUAAA